AUGAUUGCGCUUGGUCAAUUGCCUUCCGUCCUCGUCUUCAGGGUCGUCGACCAGCUGUCCAUUCUCGAGCACCUCCUCUUGCAGCGUGUCACGAAAGGGCUACGAUCGAUCGUCAAUUCACGAUGUCUUUUGCCACGAACAAUGCGGUACAUUCAACUCGACGCUGUGAUCAACGAAGAGGAGGAUGUCGUCCAAAGAAAGGAGACGGAGCGCGAGGCAGUCAGCGUGAUCCGGUGCCAGCAGUGCCAAAAGCGCUACGGCACGGAGACACCGUGGUCCUGUUUGACGUGUGAAGAGCUGUGGGAUGGAUGGUACAGCCACCGUUGGCAGUUUGGACGACCACCACCGCAAUUCAUUAUCUGCCUGCAACACUUAAGCCAUCGAGCCCUGGCCCAACAUGCCGACAGUGUCUACAAGGAGCGAAUUGAAAAUCUACAUGGUGGCAAGCUGCGUUUUCUCUCUGUGUUUGAGCCCGACACCAAAAUAAUGGAAGAAAAAUUGCGGUUGGAAGAAGAAAACUGGGCUCCGGAGGACCUGCCCUAUUUCCGGAUCAGCGCAUUCGGCAAAGAUUUUCUGGCGGCAUUAGUUUCUAACAUCCACGGCGGGGCAAAUCUAUACCUCGUCGACUGC